AUGACUGUUCAAGACAGCGCACAGUUCGACUUCAUUGUCGUCGGUGGUGGCACGGCUGGCAAUAUUGUCGCCUGUCGUCUGGCAGAAAACCCCAAUGUCAAUAUUCUUGUCAUCGAAGCCGGAAUCGGCAGCUCCGAAACAAACGAGGAGAUUCGCACUCCCGGACAUGCGAUGGACCUCCGUGGCAGCAAGUACGAUUGGGCUUACAAGACAACCAUGAUCAAGCGUGACGACUACGAGCGUAUCGAGAAGCCAAAUACCCGAGGAAAAGCUCUUGGAGGAAGUUCAUCGCUGAACUAUUUCUCCUGGGUCCCUGGUUCGAAAGGAACUUUCGACAUGUGGGAGGAAUAUGGUGGAAAGGAAUGGACCUGGGACCCUCUUGUUCAUUAUCUUCGCAAGAGUGUUACCUAUCACGACGAUGAAGGGUUGUACCCUCCUGAGCUGAAGAAGAUUGGUGAAGGUGGUCCGAUCCCGAUUGCCCAUGCCCAGCUGAUUCCGGAAAUGAAGGGCUUUCGUGACCUCCUGGCCCAAGCCUGGAAGUCGAAUGGAGAGGGCGGUAUCAGUGAGAAUAUCUUCGAUGGAGAGAUGCAUGGCCUGGUGCAUAGUGUCAACACUAUCUACAAGGGUCGGCGCUCAGGUAGCUUUCUUGCCGUUGAUAAGCCAAACAUCACUAUUCUGUCCGAAGCCCAUUCGAAGGGUCUGAUAAUUGAUGAAACUCGCACCGCUAAGGGAGUUUCUGUGAUCUUGGGCUCUGGCCAGGAAAUGAGCUUUUAUGCUACUCGUGAAGUGAUUGUCUCUCAGGGUGUUUUUGAGUCCCCUAAGCUACUUAUGCUUAGCGGUAUUGGUCCAGCACCCGAGUUGAACAAGCACAAUAUUCCAGUGAUUGUUGAUUCCCGUCAUGUGGGCCAGCAUCUGUUGGACCACCCUGGUGUUCCAUUUGCUCUUCGCCUUAAGGAUGAUUUCUCGAUGGAUAGCCAUGUCUUGAGGAAGGGCGCACUGCAGGACCAGGUUCUAGCAGCUUAUUCAAAUGGACAUAACGGUCCAAUGAGUUCACCAUUUCUCGAACUCAUUGGAUUUCCACGCAUUGACAAAUACUUGGAGAACUCACCUGAGUACCGAGAGGCAAAGGCUGCUAACGGUGACCUUGAUCCUUUCUGCCCAUAUGGUCAACCUCAUUUUGAAAUUGAUUUCAUUCCUCUCUUUGGAAGUGCUUUUCAGUGGCACUUCCCUCAUCCCAACAAGGGAAGUUAUAUGACCGUCAUGGUUGAUCUCGUUCGCCCUGUCUCUGAAGGUGGUGAGGUUACCUUGAAUAGCACGGACCCUCUCCAGCAAGCCAACAUCAACCUCAAUUUUUUCAACGAUGACCUGGAUAUCAUUGCUAUUCGGGAAGGUAUCAGAUUCACAUAUGACGUGUUGAAGAAUGGCGAGGGGUUCAAGGAAGUCGUGGUGGAUGAAUAUCCAUGGGAUAUGCCACUGCACGACGAUGAAGCGAUGAAACGAACUGUGCUUGAUCGCUCCCAGACUUCCUUUCACCCUUGUGGUACCGCUCGUCUCUCCAAGAACAUUGAACAGGGUGUGGUAGACCCGAGUCUCAAGGUUCAUGGAAUCAAGAGCCUCCGUGUUAUUGAUGCGUCUGUAAUUCCAGUUAUCCCUGACUGUCGCAUUCAGAACUCUGUCUAUAUGAUUGCAGAGAAAGGUGCAGACGCGAUCAAGCAGGAUCAUGGUGAUUUAUACGCAUAG